AUGAAUACCUCAGCCCCACCCGCCGUCAGCCCCAACAUCACCGUCCUGGCACCGGGAAAGGGUCCCUGGCAAGUGGCCUUCAUUGGGAUCACCACGGGCCUCCUGUCACUGGCCACGGUGACGGGCAACCUGCUGGUACUCAUCUCCUUCAAGGUCAACACGGAGCUCAAGACGGUCAACAACUACUUCCUGCUGAGCCUGGCCUGUGCCGACCUCAUCAUUGGCACCUUCUCCAUGAACCUCUACACCACGUAUCUGCUCAUGGGCCACUGGGCUCUGGGCACGCUGGCCUGCGACCUCUGGCUGGCCCUGGACUACGUGGCCAGCAACGCCUCGGUCAUGAACCUGCUGCUCAUCAGCUUUGACCGCUACUUCUCCGUGACCCGGCCCCUGAGCUACCGCGCCAAGCGCACACCCCGCCGGGCGGCCCUGAUGAUCGGCCUGGCCUGGCUGGUUUCUUUCGUCCUCUGGGCCCCAGCCAUCCUCUUCUGGCAGUACCUGGUAGGGGAGCGGACGGUGCUGGCCGGGCAGUGCUACAUCCAGUUCCUCUCCCAGCCCAUCAUCACCUUUGGCACAGCCAUGGCUGCCUUCUACCUCCCUGUCACGGUCAUGUGCACGCUCUACUGGCGCAUCUACCGGGAGACAGAGAACCGGGCCCGGGAGCUGGCGGCCCUGCAGGGCUCCGAGACGCCGGGGAAGGGGGGCGGCAGCAGCAGCAGCUCAGAGAGGUCCCAGCCAGGGGCUGAGGGCUCCCCGGAGACCCCUCCAGGGCGCUGCUGCCGCUGCUGCCGAGCGCCCCGGCUACUCCAGGCCUACAGCUGGAAGGAGGAGGAGGAGGAGGAUGAAGGCUCCAUGGAGUCCCUCACGUCCUCGGAGGGUGAGGAGCCCGGCUCCGAGGUGGUGAUCAAGAUGCCCAUGGUGGACCCCGAGGCGCAGGCCCCCGCCAAGCAGCCGCCCCGGAGCUCCCCGAAUACGGUCAAGAGGCCGACCCGGAAGGGGCGUGAGCGAGCGGGCAAGGGCCAGAAGCCCCGUGGGAAGGAGCAACUGGCCAAGCGGAAGACCUUCUCGCUGGUCAAGGAGAAGAAGGCGGCUCGGACCCUGAGCGCCAUCCUGCUGGCCUUCAUCCUCACCUGGACACCGUACAACAUCAUGGUGCUGGUGUCCACUUUCUGCAAGGACUGUGUUCCCGAGACCCUGUGGGAGCUGGGCUACUGGCUGUGCUACGUCAACAGCACCAUCAACCCCAUGUGCUAUGCGCUCUGCAACAAAGCCUUCCGGGACACCUUCCGCCUGCUGCUGCUCUGCCGCUGGGACAAGCGUCGCUGGCGCAAGAUCCCCAAGCGCCCCGGCUCUGUGCACCGCACCCCCUCCCGCCAAUGCUGAUGGCCCCUCGCCUGCGUCCCUCCACCCCAGGCCCCGGUGGAAAGCGGG